AUGGCCGGCAAUGGCGGCGAAAAUGAAUGUUUGUCAUCUUCAAUUAUAUUGUGGGACAAUAGCUCCAAGAACCAUAUCAAUGACGUCGUUUUAUCUGUGGUGAAUGGCACAACUGCAGCGUUCGCUUUACUUAGCAACCUGGCCAUCACUGUGACGAUGAUCAAGAAACAGUUGAUCGUGACACCAUAUGACAUUCUCAUUGGUAGCCUCACACUGGUGGACUGUGUAGCUGCCAUAGUAGCAAAGCCCUUGUACAUUGCCCUGCGCAUGUUUCUACACCACGAUCAAGUGGCCUGUGACUCGCUACGGUCCUUGACAAACGUAGCUGAAUCUGCCAUCUUGUUCUGCGUUGGUUGUUCACUCUUGCAUAUAGUUCUGAUUGCUGGAGAUCGAUGCGUUGCGUUAUGCAAGCCUGUGGGAUAUCGAACAAACUACGCUAAGAAAGUGGCCCUUUGGCUUGCCGGCACAUGCUGGCUAAAUUGGUGUUUCUUCAUCAUCUUCGUCCAGUGGAUCAUUCCAACAAGUGCUGUACCAGUCGUCAGAGCGUUCAUGGCAGCGGUUCUUUUGACAUCUCUUGUGGUGCUUAAGAUUAAGACAGCUGUGAUCGUCGUUCGAUACAAUCGCUCUGUGCUGGGAAGCGGCACCUAUUCACUUUAUACCCAGCGACUAACUAUAAGAGAGAGGAAGGUGCUUGCUGACACAAGAUUCACUUUGCUCACAUUCAUGGUGUUAUUUAUCCCUACUGCUGCUCUAAGUAUAGUGAGACCAGCUGGUAUCUAUGGAAGCGCUGUGUUUCCUUGGACAAUUACCAUCACCCUUCUUAACUCCGCUGUAAAUCCUCUUAUCCAAUUGUGGCGAAACCGAAAGUUAAGGCAAUCGAUAGCUGAAGUCUUUUGGCCGUGUGGAUAUUGA